UUUCCAAUUGUGCUAAGCGGUGUUCAUGAAGCGUUUUUCACCCAGUAUCUGUGACUUUUACCGUGUCGCGUAUUUAGUCACAAACGAAUGAGAGAGAGAGGAGGAAAAGGUCAGCUAUUUAUUCUUGUGACGCAGAAAGGCUAUGGAUAAGGAUUCUUCUUUAAACUGUUUUGUAAACAACACCUUCAGUAAUCACACGUAAACUGCACUAUGCGUUUUUUUCUGACGAGAAAGUCGUCUGUUGAAAAAUUAGUUUGGUUUCGUGACACAAGAUGGUCUUCAGAAACAUAGGAGCCUAUCUGUUUAUUUCUAAAUAUGAGUGAAGUCGUCCUAACACCCAGCAAAUUAACAAAGAAUCAGAAUUACUAACCUCAUCCAAAACUAGAGAAGUGCCACAGCUGCGAACAUGUCGGAAGGAGAUGAAGAGAAACCUCCCGAAGAGGGAGGAGAAGAAGAAGGCGAAGAAGCUGCCGAAGGCGAAGGCCAAGAGGGAGAAGGAGAAGAGGGCGAAGAAGGAAGCAAGGAAGGUUCGAUCAGCGGCAGUCAGAAAGGAUCCGUUAUUGGAAGUGGAGCACGAGGCAGCCGCGGCUCUGUGGGUCAAUACAGCGAGGGCAGCCGGUCACUGUCAGUAGACAUAGAGUUGCUGAGUCACGAGCUAAGAGAACUGAAAGACUUCAUAGGUGUCCAGUACGAAAGGUUAUUCGUAGCAGCGAAGCAGCGACGCAUAGAAGACCUUCCCAAAGCUCUCCAAUUAGCUGAAGAGAAAGAACAGUUUUUGGAAAGGCUUGAGAAUCCUGACCUUAUUGCUCUGUUGAAACAAACUUUUAAAAGAGCUGAAAGGGGUUCCUUCGCUCCACGCCAAUUUCAAAAACGAACCGAUUAUCUAGAAAUACUAAAAGCUGACAGUGCUAAAUUUGAAAGGUAUUUCAGCGAAAUUGCUGAAGCAGUUGCGAGCAUAGAUGGCGUUAUAAACGAACGAGGAGAAGAAACGCCAGAAGAGCUAAUUAAGUACAAAGAAAUUCUUGAGGAAAGAGCGGAAAAACUUAACUCUGUGAAUAACUUAUUAAUGAGGUAUUUAAUCCAGGAAUCUUGCUUGGAUAGUUACAUAGCUGAAUUAGACCUUGCGCGUGCAUAUGCCUUUGUGAAGGAACAGAGUGAACACAUUGCGAAGCUAAUGGAUUACGUCGACCUGCAACGAAAGCAUAUGGAUCCUGAGAGCCCAGCGUUUGGUGAAUGGUCAGGCAUUGGCACAGAAAAGGAACCUCUCGAUAAUAAAGUAGAAGAACGAUUAAAGACCGUAGGCGAAUUGGAAACUCAGUACGCUAAUCAAGAGGAAGACGAAAAGGAUCCAGACUUAGUACGGCUUAUAAGAAAGAAUAUGGAAGAACUUCUUCGCAAACAAUCUGUAUACAUACAAAAGCUUAGAAAUUGCAUCGAGGCUCAGGCUCCAUAUGUGUACGAAGAUGAUGAGAUUCCAGAUACCACUGAGAUCGCUGCAGAGGGUACCUACAUUUCAAAAUACGUUGAAGAAUGGCUUAUGUUCAAUGGAAUGGAAUCAAAUAAUCCAUCAAAAGAAGAAGGUGAACUCGAACUACUAAAGCGCCUAAAAGAAGAGCUCGAGGGAUUUAUUGAGGACCUGAAAAGUGAACUAGAAGAAAUGGAAGAAGAAGCACCGGAAGAGGAAGAAAGUAGGGAAGGUCUUGUGGAAUGGCUGACAAAUAACGAAAGUAAAAAGGAAUAUUUAGAGAAAAUGGUUCAAGAAUUGUUUGAUGAACUAAAUACGCUCGACAAAAACAUACAGGUUGUUGAAAGAAGAGCCACAUAUGGCGAUAAGAAAGCUCUUGGUCCGAAGAGAAGCAGACGGAUGCCCAAAAUGUCUGAACUGGGGAGUGUGGAGUCUCUGGACAUGCCUGACACAGUGGCAGAACUGAAGGACUUUUGCAAAGAUCUAGUUCAGAAGUACAAUUGUCUGUUUAAAGUAUACACGAUGCGAAUGAAUUUGAAUGAUGAGAAGAGGCGACAAGAGCAACUGCGAGAGAAAAUAGACAAAGUUAUAGACUCAAAACAUGCACGAAAGCGAGGCAUCCAGUAUGAAAUACAGCUAAGAUCAGCGCUAACGACCAUAGAAACACUGAAGGAGGCCCUUAAAGAGGACAAGAAGUGCGCCAAAAACAAAUUUGAGAGUGCCAGAUCAUACCACCAACUGGCUGAGCAGAGGCAGCGCCACUUAUUUCCAGUAGUUCGAAUAGCAAAAAUCCUCAUGAUGAAACACAUCCAACAGCAGCAAGCAGUUUGGAAAAAUAAUAAGACCGCAUUUAAAAACCUCCAAGACUCCACACAGCCACCAAGGCAGCAGCAACCUUAGCAGCUCAGCUCCCUGACCUGUUGCCAUUUCAGCAGCAGCAGUCCCAGCAGCAGUCUCAAUUUGAGUGCUGAGACCUGCCAGCAUUCGAUCGACCCCUGCCAAUAGCAUCACUGAAACUGCUGUCGAGUGCUAUUACUACUACUACUACUACUGCUACUACUACUACAAGCCGAAUUCUGCCACAUCUCUUCACUGAUACAUACAAUUUAAUAGCGAGAGUCAAAGCGUGUGAAUGUGGGUCCAGUACCAAAUAGGGACUUUGAAGUUGUCAUCAAUAAAGAGAAUCCACAGUGAAGUGGUACUAAAGUACGCUGUACAGGGAUGGAAAUAGACUACCUUUGUGAUAGGGUUGAAUAUGUAUAACGAAAAAAUUAUUGACGAGUUUAGUCCGCUUUUCCACACUGAUUAAUGUUGGUAUGUUAAAAGGAGAAGAAGCAAUAGUGGAUCUCUGUAGCAAUGCUUGAGUUGAAAAUUAAUAGUGCGAUCACAUACAUGAAGGAUUCAACUGGGUAAGAACUGUAUUGUCCAUUAAUUAUAACGUCAGACUGGCUGUGCUGCAAUAUUAGAGUGGCAUUCCAUGACUGUGUUACCUGUUUACACAUCAACAAAGUGAAGUUAGAACAGCUAUAGCUAUGUAUAAAUAUGUGUAUUGGAGCUGUACUAUAAUCAAUAAAAGAUGAAUCUA